UUUUUUCGAACACCUGUUGUUUGGUUGCUCCCAGAAACCUAAAUAACAGAAGGGAAAGGACAACAAAAUUGCAUUUUACAAUACCCGAAAUUUCAGUUCUUUACAUUUCCUUCGUUAUCUUCGAGACCAAACAGAUUAUAAUUUCUGCGCGCCAAAAUUAUUUGCUUAGAUCCUGAAAUCGGCUGCACUUCUCCGCUACGCAGUCCCAACUCCAUCGUCAGAUUGGCCAGAAGCUGCCCACUCCUCGGCGUCGAAUCGUGCCUCUAGGUGUGGAUAUUGAAAAGGGGCUCCAGUGUGUCAAUAGACAAAAUGGGAGAUCCUUCAUUUUUUGAUCGAAUGAUCAGCAAUCUCCGCACAACGUGCAAGUACUAUACUGGUUAUCCAAAGGAUCUUGGGCCAUCACGGGUCAUUCAUUUUACGUCAGAACGUGAGUUUGUUCAGCUGCUUCAUGAAGGUCAUCCUGUUGUUGUUGCUUUUACCAUCAGGGGUAAUUACACAAAACAUCUCGACAAAGUACUAGAAGAAGCUGCAGCCAAGUUUUAUCCAAAUGUUAAAUUUAUGCGCGUUGAGUGUCCAAAAUAUCCUGGGUUCUGCAUAACGCGGCAGAGGACGGAAUAUCCAUUUAUUGAGAUUUUUCAUAGUCCAGAACAGGCAUCUAACCAGGGGAGGGCUGCUGAUCCAAAUAUUACAAAAUACUCAGUGAAGGUUCUUCCUUUCAAUUACGACCCCAGUGCCUACGGAUUCAGAGAAUUCUUCAAGCGCCAUGGAAUACGGGCAUCAGAGGUGAAAUAAAAGCCAGGUGGGAAAAUGUAUAAUCUUUAAUAAUCAGGUGGGAAAAUGUUUAAAUUUACUAUCUUAAGAGCCACUUCCCAUAGGUUUUCCAGCAUAAUUUCUUUCUGUAAUAGAUUCCGCACUGAAGUGUUUUACCUUCAGGACUUUAAAACCGAUAUUGUUUUGGAUCAUAUCAUUUUGUUUUUCUUGUUUCGGGAGAGCAUUUUUCUUUGGAU